CCUCAAGCAACAGGAAUAUCCGGUUCAGGGUCGAGGAGGCUCAGUCAGUAUUGUGUAGUUUGUGGCGAGGAUGGCGUUGUGGUCUUCCUCCUUUCAGAGUUUUGGUUCGGUUGAGGAGGAUGAGGAACGGGCAUUGACUCUCACAUCUAUCCAGCACCUGUCGGAAAUGCAGACAUAUGGUCAAGGGAUUGAACUGAUCUUUCAAAAACAAAAAGAGUUUGUGAAGAGCUCUGUAGAAUCCAAAUGGAAUCUAGCAGAAGCCCAGCAGAAACUUAGUAGUUUAGCACUGCAUAAUUCAGAAUCCAUGGAUCAGGAAUAUGCCAAAGCACAGACUGAAGCUUCAGAACUGAGACAGAGAGAGGAAGAGUGGAGAAGAAAAGAAGCAGCACUAAUACAGAGGGAAAGACAGAAUCUAUGGAAUACGGAUUCUUUUAGUAAGGAGGUAUUUAAUAAGAGUUUUAUUAGUCAAUAUAAAAGAAAAGAAGUAGAAGAUGAAGAUGUAUCUAAAUCAUUUAUACAGAAACAUGAACAAAAGAUUAGAUACUUUGGUAUGCUGGGCAGAUGGGAUGACAGUCAAAGAUUUUUGUCUGACCACCCAUAUCUUGUAUGUGAAGAAACAGCUAAAUAUCUCAUCUUAUGGUGUUUUCAUCUAGAAGCUGAACAGAAAAGAGCUCUGAUGGAACAAAUAGCACACCAAGCAGUUGUGAUGCAGUUUAUUAUAGAAAUGGCCAGAAGUUGUAAUGUGGAUCCAAGAGGCUGUUUUCGUCUAUUUUUCCAAAAAGCCAAAGCAGGGGAAGAAGGCUAUUUGGAAGCUUUUAAAACUGAGCUUGAAGCAUUCAAAUCAAGAGUGAGAACCUGUUCACAGUCUCAAGGCUUUCAAGCUAUAUCAGUACAGAAUCCCAGUGUCUAUACCGGUACUGUAGAAGGACUGGAGUCUUUGACACAGAAUGCAAAUGAUCUACAAGAUUGCACAAACAGAAGUGUUUGCAAUUUAAACUCAAUGCUACAAAAAGAUGAAGAACCCAAAAUGAUGGACACAGUAUAGCACUGUUAAGACUGAGGCAAAAUACUCUUUUCUAUUGCAAAGAAAAGAAUGUGGCUAUUUCCUUGACACAUUUUUAUGGGUACUGCACUUUAUUUUUGGUGCUUUGAGGGAGGGAUGUGGAGGGAGGAUAAUCCGGAAAUACUUGUAAUAAUGUUUGAAAAUGUGCUGCUAGGUUUUUGGUUGUCUAUGAAGAAUGGGGUUCUCAUUGCCAAACAUUAAACUGGAUGUUUUAUGCUACUAAAUUUGCCUUUUGUGAUUUUGGGAAUUAAAGUAUGAAAAGGAAAAUUCACAAAUACAGUGUUUACAAUAAGUGAUAGAUUUCUGGUGGAAUCUGCUAUUGGUUUUAGAUAUGACUGUGUCUUAUUCUAUGAAUAUUGCUGGUAUAGCUCUUAAAUGUGGUUUUAUUAUUAACAGCAAUAAAUUGGUAUGGCAUCAGUACUGCA